AUAAAUGUGUGCUUUUCACUUCAGGAAGCCUCCUGGCGCUGCAGCGUGUGCCGUAGAAAGAUGGCCUCGCGCGUUUUUCUACCACCACAAGAAUCAACCGACUCGAUUCUCGAGAUUCCGGUUCUAGAAACUCUUCAGAGGCGCCAUUCCGAUGUGAAGUUAGGAUCGACUCAGUGUUUGGGCGUAUCUAAUGGCACUGCACUGGCGCCUCCUCGUAGUCCAGAACUAAGAAGACAUUCCGAUGUCUCACCAGCUUCGUUGAAGGAGUUGGAAAAACUCAAAGGCACAAACGCAUCUGACACAGAAUGGAAAAAGGGUCAUAGUGCAUGCCCUAGCAGAUCUUCGAGCCCCCCUCGACGCAUGGAGCUCGAAACAGCUGCUUCUAGAAUUGCUUCAAGAAGACCGUCAAUGCGCAUGACUCGCCAACGUAGUUACGAUGAUGAGAUAAAAUCAGUCAAUAAUGAACCAAGCAAAAUAGAACCCAUUCUAGGUUUACCAGCUCCCAUGCCAAGAAGAAAAUCUGCAUACGAUGUUUACGCGCCAGGCGUUUUGGCAAGUGCUCUGCAAAAUGCCCAGUUAAAAGAGCCUGACGCGCCUGGAUCAAGGAGACCUUCGUUUAAAAUUCCUGUUGCUGAUAACAAUUAUGAUAACGAAGAAUGUCCCAGCCCAGAUCACAUUAACCAAGCAGUAUUGACUGUGGAUGAGGAUCGUAAAACUAGAAGGCGAGGAUCUCAACUACCCGACAUUUCAGCACUGCGAGGCAAUCAAAACCCAAAUCAAAUGCAAAUGCCCGUAUAUCAAUGCCCUGCGUUGGAAGAUUUGGAGGCUCCUCGACGGCAGACAUCGUUAGAUGGUGAAGCUAUCAAAAUUGUUAUUCAUGACGUCGAUUCUGGUCCGCUGUGUGCAUCUAAGCGCAGAGUUAUAUUGCAAAAGGAUCCGGCGGAUAAAGCUCACAGAACUCGCGGUUUCGGAAUGCGUGUCGUUGGAGGCAAGACGGGCACUGAUGGACGUCUUUUCGCUUACAUCGUUUGGACUGUUCCCGGUGGGCCAGCAGAAAAAGGUGGUUUGCAACAAGGUGACAAGAUUCUAGAAUGGUGUGGAACAUCACUAGUGGAUCGAAGCUUUGAAGAAGUGUGUGCUAUCAUGGACAGAACCGGUGAGGUAAUCGAGCUUUUAGUAGAACAUGCAUCCGAUCUUCAAAUUGGGUUUGACAUGAUGGAAGACGGUGCUCCAGGUCCGAACAAUCAAAUGAAAUGCAAUUCCGAUAUGUCAAACCUCGGAUUUGCUUCUGAAAAUGAAUCGGCCGCUGAUAAGUCUCCCUCAUCACCAACGAGGCGGAAGUUACCAAAAACACCGGAACAACUAGCUAGAGAAAAACAGGUUUCUGGUCGUGUCCAAAUACAAGUUUGGUAUCAUGGAGACAGAAGUGAACUAGUAGUUUCAUUGAUGGCCGCAGACGAUCUUCCACCACGUGAUGAAUCUAUGGGAUAUGGAGGAUUCCCAGAGGCAUAUGCUUCCAUUAAGGUUAUGCCAAAGACAAACGAAACACAUGUUAUGCAAACGGAAGUUUCCUCACCAUCGUGUAAUCCAAUUUGGAAUGCAACAAUCACAUUUAGAGGAAUUUCCAGUGACACUUUAUUUGAUCGCUACAUCGAAGUGAUUUUAUACGAUUUGCUUCCACAAUCGGAACCCAUUUUUCUCGGAGAGUGUAAUGUUAUGCUUCAGAAAGCAUUUCUCGACGACGUGGCGGUAUGGUACAGAUUGGAAGAUCCCAAGCAGCUGCGAGGAGCUCCAACGUCAAAAAUGAAUUGGUCCUCUCCGCGAAACUCGAUAUCGGGCGAUGUAACCAAGCUCAUCCGAGGUUCGGAUUAUCGAUUCCAAAGAUCGGUUUCAGAUGACGUCGAUAGUAUUGGCGAUGGUUCAUCCCUCUUACACCCGGAUCACGCGUGGGCAUUCAGCAGAAGAGGCUCCUCUCAGUCGGAAACGUUAGAAAUCGAAACCUACCAGUUGGGAAAAGACUUCUCUAAAUCAUUACCAGGCUCAAGGCGAUCAUCGUUCCAAGAUCAAGAAAAAUGCAAAAGUGGUGAGAUUGCACAAUCAUUUGCACAUAGUCGAGAAAGAAGAAGGUCUUCUGUAGCAAAACGUAAUCCAGAUGAGCUCAGGCGUGCAUUCAAUCAAAGCCGAGGUGAAUUUAUCCGGACAAUGAGUUUGUCCCGCGAGCUGGAACGCAAGAACUCAAUAAAAAAUUUCAAUCAAAGCCUAUCAGAACGAAACAGCGAACAAAUUGAACGAAUGAUCUCAACCAUCAGAGUGAAAUCGGAUAGCUCAAAAGAACUGCAAAUAGAUGCCAACGCCAGCUCCUACAUCAGCAGUUUAGGGCCUGGCCAAAUACUUCCGAAAGGGAUUAAUAGUAGCCUCAGGUGUGUUGGAGAAUUAAACUUGGCAGUUUCAUUGGAAAAGGCAGUUUUGGAACUAAAAGUUCUUGGUGCAAGAAAUCUUAUACCCGAUGAUUCUGAAGCAAUACCAGACACAUACGUAAAGUGUUAUCUGAAAGAUGGUGAUCGAUUGCGACACAAAAAGAAAACCAGGGUUGUAAAAUAUUGUUUAGAGCCGCAAUACAAUCAAGUGUUGAAAUACUCGGCAUCUGAACUUUUUGGUAGAACGCUUUUAGUGACUGUUUGGCAAAAAUCAACAGGUUUUGAACACAAUCAAAGUAUAGGAGGUGCCGAACUUUUUUUCAACACUUAUAAAAUGAAAGCACCGGUUCAGGGCUGGUAUCCCUUGUUUCCAUCCCAGCACAUUUUAUCAAAUCCAAAUGAUUCUCCAUAGAAAAUUGUAUAAUUGUUGACUAGAAAUGAUAUUGCAUUUAUAGAAACGUUGUAUUUUAUUUUACAUUUAAAUACAUGUAUUUAAAAACA